ACGAAACAGGCGACACAUACGGACAAUUCAGAUAAAGAAGAAUUCUGACGAGAACCAACAAGGAACCGGCAUGACGGAUAUCAUUCAACCCACUGAGGGCUGAGAACAUGAUCGCUUACCAUUCAUUCGCAUAUAUGAUAUAAAUAGGGCAAAUCAUCAGCCUGCAAAGAAGGCUGCUUUCCUUCCUGCCCUUCUGCAACCUCGCAAGAUGGAUUCUUCGUCCUAUAGUGAGAAGCGGGAUGAGGAUUCCGACAUCCCCAGCCGUCAUGUUGAGAUUGCAGCGUCUGCAGUCGACACAGGUGCUCAAUUCGCGACUGGAGCUGAAGAGACCAUCGAUCCUAGCGAGGCCAUUCGCAUUCGACGGAAAAUAGAUAGAAAUAUCUUGCCGAUGAUGUGCCUUCUUUACUUGGUUCAGUUCAUGGACAAGACCACUCUUGGUUAUGCCGCUAUUCUUGGGAUGAAGUACGAGGCCCAUCUCACCACUGAUCAGUACAACUGGCUUGGCACCAUAUUCUAUCUCAGUUACCUUGUCUUUGAAUAUCCUCAAAAUCUUGCCCUACAGCGUUUUCCUGUCGGGAAAUGGAUGAGUAUCAACAUCUUUGUGUGGUCGGUGGCUCUUUGCAGUCACGCUGCUUGCAAAAGUUUCGGGGGUCUUUUCGCCGCCCGUUUCAUACUUGGCAUAUGCGAGGGUUCUAUCACUGCGGGCUUCAUGAUCGUCAGCUCAAUGUUCUACACUCGGAAAGAGCAAACACUGCGAGUAGGGUAUUGGUUCCUUAUGAAUGGAACAGCUCAAAUAAUACUUGCCUUUGUUGCCUACGGUUCUCUGAACAUCACGAAGGUAUGCUUUUGGCUUUUCUUCCCUGACUCUCCCACAAACGCAUGGUUCUUGACACCGAAAGAACGUGCUCUUGCGGUUAAUCGCAUCAAAUCCAACCAAACUGGAGUGGAGAACAAACACUUCAAAAAAGAACAGAUGAUUGAAGUGUUCCUCGAACCUAAGACAUGGCUAUUCUUCAUCUUCUCCAUAGUAGACAACAUCCCUAAUUCGCUCACCAACCAAGGCACCAUCAUCAUCACCUCGUUCGGGUUCACGACGUUGCAGACCACUCUCCUUGGGUGCGUCAGCGGUGUCAUUGAGAUUGCCACCAUCUGGUCAGGCGUCGAAAUCUCUUCACGCAUACCAAACAGUCGUGCGUAUGUGGGCGCGGUAUACUUCCUGCCUAGUCUCCUUGGUGUAUUUUUGGUCAACCUCUUGCCGUGGUCUGACCAAGUCGGGUUGCUGUUUUCGGUGUGGUUAGGUACAAUCCAGAUAACUGCGUUCGUUAUGUCCCUUGCAUGGGUUUCGGCGACGACUGCAGGACACACCAAGAAAGUCACAAUGAAUGCAGUGAUGCUUUGCGGAUAUUGCAUUGGUAAUGCCGUUGGGCCUUUCAUGUGGCAAGAGAAGUACAAGCCUCGAAACCAUGUUCCAUGGAUAGUCAUCGGCGUUUGCUAUGUUGUUUCCAUCAUUCUACUAAUGAUCAUUCGAGCAUAUCUUGCGAAUGAAAAUAGGCGUCGGGAUGUUGAACCCCUCGACACGACUUACGACGACGUGUACACAGAACUUAUGGGAUCAGACGGUGUGAUGGAGAAGGUCAAAGUAGAAAAGGAAUUCUUGGAUUUGACCGACGUUCAAAAUCGGCAGUUUAGAUACGUAUUAUGAAUGCAUCGGAUUCAUUGACAUCAUUGCUAUCCCGUCACUGCUAAGUACCUUGUUUCGAUAUCUUUCUUGACGCCCCAAGACACGGUAUAUAUGGUAGAAUCCACUUAAUCUUUUCAAUAUCGUUGUCGUUGAAUAAAUAAUUUAUGUGAUGAUACAGGCAGUGCAAUGUAGGUUGUAAAGGUAGGUAGGUAAAGCAAAGCAGAUAAUUUA